GGGAUCCUCAAGAAAGGAAAGACGGCCAGCACCGCUCAUAAAUGUGUGCGCUUUAACUUCCAGAACCUGAACACUUUCGUCAAGGAUCGUGAGCUGUACUGUGCCUACGACUACUUCCAGUAUGGCUUCCCUCUCUCCAGCAUUCGUCCUGAGCUGGAAAGGCGAAAGGAAAGAACAGUGAAGCCACAGAAAGGGUCAGCAAAGGACGCGGUAAAGAAACACAACACACGACACCAGCAAACAGUUGGAGCAGCUCGCUGUGCACAAAUGAAUACCACUACUGAAGGGAAGUCUCCUAAAGGUAUCCUGAAGAAAGAAAAGAUGCCACGGUCCACCUGUCCAGGACAUGUGCGCUUCAACCUUGGUAACCUCCGCGCCCCCGUUAAGGAACGUGAGGUGUACCGUGGCCACGACACCUUCAGAUAUGCCGCGCCGCUCCAAGUCACUCAGCCUCCCAACUUUACCUCGAGGCCUUACCAGCAGCCCGUUAGAUCCGCCUCUAACUCGCUGCGUGGCGCACCUCGGCACCUCGCGAGGCCGGCACAGCGGAGCAACGACUCCUUCCAGCAAAACAGUGGCUGGUAUGCUGCACACAACUACACCAACAGCCGCCACUCACAGCACCGCCAGCACAACGCCAGCAGCCACGUCCCGCCCAGAUACGAAACAAGGCAUUUCUACGAGGGACAGACACAUCGGGGCACCAACUCCCGCAGCAGAAGUCGUGCCAAGAGAGGCGCAAAGCCGAGUGGUGGCGAGUUUCUGUGAGCACCGGGCGAGUACACAGCGUCGUGAUCAAAUCAUCAAACUCAAAUGUUCAGCGACGUACAGGUGACGUACAUUCCGGGUGCAUUUCUCAACACCCGCUGAACAGUAACUGUCGCUGACUGGUGAUAACAGAGACUGAGGAGUGCCAAGAAGCACUACAAUCACACUGAGAGGAACGGCUCGCCAGCUGACUAAAAUCACCAUGCAGAGGAACGCAUCCCAUGGAACGGUGCCACUUCUACGGUACAAAUUG